AUGUGCGUGAUAGAAGUGUACGGGGGUAGUAUAAACUAUGCUGUAAUGUGCGUGAUAGAAGUGUACGAGGGUAGUAUAAACUAUGCUGUAAUGUGCGUGAUAGAAGUGUACGAGGGUAUUGUGUGCGUGAUAGAGGUGUUUAGUCGUCUGCGCCACUAUUGUCCGGUCGGUUCCAUGAUUCGUCAAAGGGUGUACAAUUUGUGUAAAGGAGCUCAUGAAUAUACAGUAUGGGAAAUUCUAGCUUCUGAUUUUGGUGCGUGCCACUUCCACCCUCCUACCACCCCCUACUACCCUCCUGCCACCCUCCUGCCACCCUCCUGCCACCCUCCUGCCACCCUCCUGCCACCCUCCUGCCACCCUCCUGCCACCCUGCUGCCACCCUGCUGCCACCCUCCUGCCACCCUCCUGCCACCCUCCUGCCACCCUCCUGCCACCCUCCUGCCACCCUCCUACCACCCUCCUGCCACCCUCCUGCCACCCUCCUGCCACCUUCCUGCCACCCUCCUGCCACCCUCCUGCCACCCUCCUUCCACCCUCCUGCCACCCUCCUGCCACCCUCCUGCCACCCUCCUGCCACCCUCCUGCCACCCUCCUUCCACCCUCCUGCCACCCUCCUGCCACCCUCCUGCCACCCUCCUGCCACCCUCCUGCCACCCUCCUGCCACCCUUCUGCCACCCUCCUGCCACCCUCCUACGACCCUCCUGCCACCCUGCUGCCACCAUGCUGCCACCCUGCUGCCACCCUCCUGCCACCCUCCUGCCACCCUGCUGCCACCCUGCUGCCACCCUCCUGCCACCCUCCUGCCACCCUCCUGCCACCCUCCUGCCACCCUCCUGCCACCUUCCUGCCACCCUCCUGCCACCCUCCUGCCACCCUCCUUCCACCCUCCUGCCACCCUGCUGCCACCCUCCUGCCACCCUCCUGCCACCCUCCUACCACCCUCCUUCCACCCUCCUGCCACCCUGCUGCCACCCUCCUGCCACCCUCCUGCCACCCUCCUGCCACCCUCCUGCCACCCUCCUGCCACCCUCCUGCCACCCUCCUGCCACCCUCCUGCCACCCUCCUGCCACCCUCCUGCCACCCUCCUGCCACCCUCCUGCCACCCUCCUGCCACCCUCCUGCAACCCUCCUGCCACCCUCCUGCCACCCUCCUGCCACCCUCCUGCCACCCUCCUGCCACCCUCCUGCCACCCUCCUGCCACCCUCCUACCACCCUCCUGCCACCCUCCUGCCACCCUCCUGCCACCCUCCUGCCACCCUCCUGCCACCCUCCUGCCACCCUCCUGCCACCCUCCUGCCACCCUCCUGCCACCCUCCUGCCACCCUCCUGCCACCCUCCUGCCACCCUCCUGCCACCCUCCUGCCACCCUCCUGCCACCCUCCUGCCACCCUCCUGCCACCCUCCUGCCACCCUCCUGCCACCCUCCUGCCACCCUCCUGCCACCCUCCUGCCACCCUCCUUCCACCCUGCUGCCACCCUGCUGCCACCCUGCUGCCACCCUCCUGCCACCCUCCUGCCACCCUCCUGCCACCCUCCUGCCACCCUCCUGCCACCCUCCUUCCACCCUCCUGCCACCCUCCUGCCACCCUCCUGCCACCCUCCUGCCACCCUCCUGCCACCCUCCUGCCACCCUCCUGCCACCCUCCUGCCACCCUGCUGCCACCCUCCUGCCACCCUCCUGCCACCCUGCUGCCACCCUGCUGCCACCCUCCUGUCACCCUCCUGCCACCCUCCUGCCACCCUCCUGCCACCCUCCUUCCACCCUGCUGCCACCCUCCUGCCACCCUCCUGUCACCCUCCUGCCACCCUCCUGCCACCCUCCUGCCACCCUCCUACCACCGCUCACAACGUGCAAAACAUUGGAACAAGAAUAACUGUAAUUGA